CGAUGAGAGCCCCGCAGCACCAGCCGUGGCUGCCCCUUUGAGCGCCGCUCCUACCAACUUGGAGAGCGGGGAGGAGCUGCCCAGCCUGGCACCGCAGGAGCGGCUCGGCGGCACCGGCGACCCUCUUCCUCGCGCAGCUGCGGCGGCGGGUCUCCCCUUUCCCCCCUGUGGGAAGAGGAAGAGUUGCGCGGACCCCCGUCCCCACAGCGUGGCUGCGAGAGGCGGCGGGAGCAGGGCAGUCUUGGGGCGCCGGGCGGGGAGGCUGGAGCUUUGGAAGGGCUGCCGAGGGAAGAAGCAGAAGAGGAGGGCGCCUCUGGAGAGGGCGAGGAGGCGGCGGCGCAGGAGGAGGCGCAGGAGAGCGGCAGACGCGGCAGCCUCGUCCGCGCCCAGCGAUGGCUCCUGCCUGGAGCCGGGGAGUUUCUGGCCCCGGAGGGAUCGUCCUGCUCCUGCUGCUGGGGGGCAUCUGCAACCUGAGGCUUUGCCACGCAGGGAUUGAGUAUGGAGAGGUGCUUCCAGAUUCCUUCCCAUCAGCCCCUGCAGAGUCCCUUCCCCAUUUCCUACUGGAGCCACAAGAUGCCUACAUUGUGAAGAACAAGCCAGUGGAACUGAUCUGCAGAGCCAACCCUGCCACCCAGAUUUACUUCAAGUGCAACGGCGAGUGGGUGAACCAGAACGAUCACAUCACCACAGAGAGCUUGGACGAAAUCACAGGGCUCCUUGUAAGAGAAGUCCAGAUUGAAGUCUCUCGACAGCAAGUGGAAGAACUCUUUGGCUUAGAAGACUACUGGUGCCAGUGUGUGGCAUGGAGCUCUGCUGGGACCACCAAAAGCCGAAGAGCUUACGUCAGGAUAGCAUACCUGAGGAAGAAUUUUGACCAGGAGCCCUUGGGGAAGGAGGUUCCUCUGGAUCACGAAGUGCUUCUGCAGUGCCGCCCUCCUGAAGGAGUGCCAACAGCCGAGGUGGAGUGGCUGAGGAAUGAUGAUGUAGUUGACACUGCCCAAGAUACCAACUUCUUGAUAACCAUUGACCAUAACCUCAUCAUCAAGCAAGCCAGACUUUCUGACACUGCCAACUACACCUGUGUGGCCAAGAACAUUGUCGCCAAACGGAGGAGCACCACAGCCACCGUCAUUGUCUAUGUGAAUGGCGGCUGGUCUACCUGGUCAGACUGGUCCCCAUGCAGCAACCGCUGUGGUCGUGGAUGGCAAAAGCGCACCCGGACCUGCACCAAUCCUGCGCCUCUCAACGGUGGCUCCCUUUGUGAUGGGCAGUCCUUGCAGAAGAUCGCCUGCAGCACUAUGUGCCCAGUAGACGGAGCUUGGACGGAAUGGAGCAAGUGGUCAGCCUGCAGCACAGAAUGCACGCACUGGAGGAGCAGAGAAUGCACAGCCCCUUCGCCCAGGAAUGGAGGCAAAGAUUGCAGCGGAGUGCUGCUUGACUCCAAAAACUGCACCGAUGGGCUCUGUAUGCAAAAUAAAAGAUUUGUAAGCGAGCCCAAAAGUCACCUACUGGAAGCUACCGGUGACGUGGCCUUGUACGCUGGUGUUGUGGUUGCCAUCUUUGUGUUCAUUGUUAUCCUGAUGGCUGUCGGGGUGGUUGUGUACAGGCGUAGCUGCCGGGACUUUGACACUGACAUAACAGACUCUUCAGCUGCUCUGACAGGAGGCUUCCACCCAGUCAAUUUCAAGACCUCCAGACAUGACACCCCCCAAUUGCUGCACCCUUCAAUGCAGCCUGACCUGACAGCCAAUGCGGGUGUGUACCGCGGCCCCAUGUACGCCUUGCAAGAUUCCUCCGACAAGAUCCCCAUGACCAACUCUCCCUUGCUUGACCCGCUCCCUAACCUCAAGAUCAAAGUGUACAAUUCCUCCACAACAUCAUCCUCGCCCGGGAUGCAUGAGGGGACAGACCUGCUGGGAGUCAUGCCCUCAGGCACCUUCCCAGGGGAGAACCUCAGGGAUAAUCACUUCAUGAACCUAAGGAACAAGACCAUGGGCUCUCAGCAGCUUUUGACUCUGCCUCGGGAGCCUGGCAACAGCGCCACUGGGACGUUCGGCUGCCUGGGAGGAAGGCUCACCAUCCCUGGCACAGGGGUGAGUCUCUUGGUGCCACAUGGAGCAAUUCCUCAAGGGAAAUUCUAUGAAAUGUACCUGAUGAUCAACAAAGCAGAAAACACCCUCUUUCCAUCCGAAGGUACACAAACGGUGCUGAGCCCCAUGGUGACCUGCGGCCCCACCGGGCUGCUCUUAUGCCGCCCUGUCAUCCUCACCGUCCCCCACUGUGCAGAAGUCAGUUCCCCAGACUGGAUGCUGCAACUGAAAACCCAGUCCCACCAAGGAAACUGGGAGGAAGUUGUAACUCUGGAUGAAGAGACUUUAAACACUCCCUGCUACUGCCAGUUGGAACCUAAGUGCUGCCAUGUUCUGCUAGACCAGCUUGGGACAUACGUCCUCGUGGGGGAGUCCUACUCUCGGUCGGCCAUCAAGAGACUCCAGCUCGCCAUCUUUGCCCCCACCCUUUGUACUUCGCUGGAAUACAAUGUCAAAGUAUACUGCCUGGAAGACACACCAGAUGCCCUGAAGGAAGUACUUGAAUUAGAAAGGACUCUUGGUGGCUACCUAUUGGAAGAACCCAAGCCCCUGCUGUUUAAGGACAGUUAUCACAACUUGCGCCUCUCCAUCCAUGAUAUCCCUCAUUCACUUUGGAGGAGCAAACUCCUGGCCAAGUACCAGGAAAUCCCCUUCUAUCACAUCUGGAGUGGCAGCCAGCGGGCACUUCACUGCACCUUCACUCUGGAGAGACACAGCCCAGCUUCCACAGAACUUACCUGCAAGAUUUGUGUUCGGCAAGUGGAAGGAGAAGGGCAGAUAUUUCAGCUGCACAUUACCCUUGGAGAGAACUCCAACUCCUUUGAUGCCUUGCGUUCCUAUCCUGGCAGCGCCCUGACGACUCAGCUGGGGCCAUAUGCCUUCAAGAUCCCUCUGUCGAUACGACAGAAAAUCUGCAACAGCCUUGAUGCCCCCAACUCCAGAGGAAACGACUGGCGGCUCCUUGCUCAGAAACUUUCCAUGGACCGGUAUCUGAAUUUCUUUGCCACCAAAGCCAGCCCAACAGGAGUCAUCCUGGACUUAUGGGAAGCCCAGCACCAAGAUGAUGGGGAUCUUAAUACUCUGGCCAGUGCCUUGGAAGAGAUGGGCAAGAGCGAGAUGCUGGUUGUCAUGGCAACAGAGGGGGACUGCUGAUGCAGCUCUCGAGAAGACUUCUGGCAAUGGCCGAGCGGAAGGAUGGAGUGAGAGAGGGAGAGAAAAUGGAGGGAGCAGCCCUUUUGGGAACUGAUGGGGAAAGGGCUGCAAGGAAGAAGCAGAGCCGUAGCGUAACUCUGAAGAGAUUGGAAUGGGGUUCCUUCUCCCUUCUCGCACUCCUCCCUCCUCAAAUCACAAUCAGCCUUAGAGAUCCAUAUUGCGCAGUUUACAAGCAAUCCAAGUGUUAAAGACUCCUUUCCUCCUUCUCCUCAAAGCCUUUGAACCGGGGCACAAAAGCAAUGUAUCAUUGCUCUCCAUGACCGCAGCCUGUGGCAGUUGUGGUCUCCUCAGCUUCCGCUGCCUCGUGUGGCUUCUGAGGGCUGCUAAGAAUCUGGGUUGGGGUUGUUGUUUUGUUUUGUUUUUCUUUUCCUGUCCUCUUCCCAUUCCCUGCCUUCUUCUCCCCUUAUUUCUUCUUUGCUGGCAAUUUAUGCUUUGAAGAGUCGAGUACAAUCUAGAAAAGACUGCUCACUCCUGUCAAAAGCUUCAAACAGCUUUAAGACACAUUUAAAAAAUGGAAAAGGAAAAAAAAGGAAAACA